AAACAAUUCCACUGAACUUCAAAUUUCCAACCGACAAAUCAUACUUCAGUGGAAAUAUUUGAUCAAUUAUCCGAUCCUAAUCCAUUUCUUUCAGUCUCUGGUUCCAUGGAAAAGCAAGAGUCCUCGUCGUCGUCAACGUUAUCCGACGCCAGCUCAGCCAGGCGAGUUUCAGACUUCGACGUGGAUGGGCAUUUACUAGCAACAAGCCGGCCGAAGAAGCGAGCGGGACGCAGAGUGUUCAAGGAGACUCGACAUCCGGUUUAUAGAGGCGUGAGGCAGAGGAACAAAAACAAAUGGGUUUGUGAAUUACGCGAGCCCAACAAGAAAACACGUAUAUGGCUAGGAACGUAUCCAACCCCAGAAAUGGCCGCGCGGGCUCAUGAUGUUGCUGCACUGGCGCUUAGGGGAAAAUCAGCCUGCCUAAAUUUUGCAGACUCGGCGUGGAGAUUGCCGGUUCCAGCAUCAAACGACCCGAUUGAUAUAAGAAAGACUGCAGCUGAGGCAGCGGAAGCUCAUAGGCCGCAUGAGUUUGAUGAAAUUUCUGACGGCGAAACUACUCUAAAAGCUUCAACAGAAGUUUCGUGUGACUUCAAUAACAAGGAGGAAGAAGUAGAAAGGUUUCAUGUAGACACUUGUUUGCCGGAGAGUGUUUACUUCAUGGAUCAAGAAGCGUUAUUUGAUCUGCCAGGAUUGCUUACGGAAUUGGCAGCUGGUCUUCUACUUUCCCCACCACCUCUUCCUACUGGAAGCAAUAUAAACUGGGAGGAUGGGGAAGAUGAUGGGUGUGUAUCACUGUGGAGUCAUUCCAUUUGAGAUUUUUCAUGGCAUGUAGGUCAGUAUGUUCCAUUCUUUUUAGCACACCUGAAUUAAUUUGUAAUUAGAUAGCUAGGUAUUACGUUUGUGUAUAAGUUGUUAACUGCAGGUUUCUGCAAUUCAUGUAUCAAAAUAUUUUGUCCCUGUUA